GGAAGAAAAAGCCAAGUCUUUAGGAGUUACAAGGUGGAGUGGUCUGGGCAGCAUCCGUUUAUGCAGAGGGCUGGUUCACCUUAUCUCCUGCCCAGUGGGUGGUGCAGCAGAUCCAGUUGCAGGCGCUUUGUAGCUGAAAGAGGAGCCCACUCUAGCUUCAUGCUGCCACCACCUGCCUCCUGCCGUCUUGCCUGUGUAGAUAGUAAUGCGAGCCCAAGGAUGGAGCCAUGAGGUGCCCAGGGUCCCCACCCCCUCUUCCUAUAAUCCUCUAGCUUGGAAUAGCUUUCUGGUGAAGCGGAUGCAGGUAAGAGAAGCCUGGGGUUCAGGAAGGCUAGGGGUGGUGGUAAGCAAGAGGGGCCACCGAGGGGGCUCAACAGUGGGAUAGGGUGCUGUUUCAGCUAAUGGCCACAGAAGCAAGAGAUAUGCCCAGACUUUAUGACAGCCCUCCUCCAUUCCCUCCAGGUAUGUAGGCACUUACUUUCCGGGGAGACAUUCUGGAGGCCAGCAUGGGUUAAACUGUCACAUAGGUGGGCAGAAAUGAAUUGUAGCUUGUGCUGUUGCUCCGUUGGUUCCCUCAUACUGUCCCUAGGAUGCUGCAGCCUGAAGGCCUCCAUGCCUUGGAGGAGGGGACAGCCCUGACAGCCCCACAGAAUGACUGCAUCAUCUGCUAUUCUGCCUAUGACCUCUCAGUACACUUGCCUCGACGUCUCUACUGUGGCCACACCUUCUGCCAGGCGUGCAUGCGGCGUCUGGAUACUCCAGCCCACGAACAACACUGGAUCCCCUGCCCACAGUGCCGACAAAGUACCCCUAUGCCCCGUGGAGGGGUGACCAUGCUGGACCUGGACCUGGCUGCUUUCUUGGCAGUCAAAGCUGAACGGGAACAAUCAAAAAUCGAACCCGGGCCCUCAGUCCCCCUCAAAGGCAGCACUACCAUCACUCAGCAGCCAGCUGGACUCUACCCCACCUCGGGCCCCCACCCCCACUUCCCUCAGCCUGGACACUGCUGCUGGGGUUGGGGAACACUGUGCUGGUAUCCCCCUGCGAACCCCGAAGUCUGAAUUCUGGCCAUCCCCACCCCCACAAAGGAAACUCUGCUUAGUAGCUUGCCUACCUUGGAUCAUACACAGUGCAAACAGAACAGCCUGCUAGCUAAUAACCCUACACGACCAAACAUAGUGGUGUC